GUCUGUCCUUUCCUUUCUAAUGUAUAAGGUAUCCCUAUAAGAGACACAGUGAUAUAAUACACAUCGAGCUCUUCAGCACUUCUUCUUUUCAGUACCUGCGCUCUAUUAUGGGCUGCGGUCAGGAUUACAUUUCCCAUGUUACUAUCAAUAAGGGUGGCUCCCAUAUAGUGGUCUUUUGCCCCUCACCUCAUAACGGAACCACAGAAAUCAAUACCUGGAAUCUAGAGACUGAAGAUCAUAAACAUAUGGCACGAUUCCCUGGCCUUCUGACUGCAGGUAUAUGUUCUGACCUGCGUUUCUGUGUGGGGUUCUGUAUGGGAGAGCGAUACCUGCGCCUGUGGAAUCUGGCUACCAGAAUCAAUGACCAGUCUCUCACAUACAACAUCCACAGAGUACAGAGUGACGGCAUUCAGAAGAUUAUACCUAUGGAUAAAUAUCCCAGUUAUGUAGUGUGUCGCAGCACACGCCCUGGUACGGUGCGGGUGUGGAACAUAAGGCGAGCACGGUUCAGGACUCGGCCUGUCCGGGUGGAACACAGCUUAUUCACCAGUGCUGAUGUUGUUUUGGUGCGAGACCUCAAACUUUACAUCCUGACUGACCAUGGCACUGCCACCUUCACUGAUACACCCACACCAGUUUAUCAGACCCUUCUGGUGUAUGAUCUUCUAUCAAGAAGCUACAUUAAGAAGCAAUCUGGCCUUUUCAUUGUACCCUGCCCUGAACAGGACUACCUGCUCAUGAAGGGGGAGCUACUGCUUGGCCUGUCAGAGACUCGUGACCAUCUGAUAAUUUGGGACCUGGACUCUGGCUACAUUAAAGGCCGCAUUAAAAUGAACCAUAAAGACGCUUUGCUGUCCAGCUCCUUGGCUGAUGACAAUCAGCCCCUCAAUGUGCCUACCAGAGAGAGAUCAGAGCUGGUAAUGCCGUGGGACUUUCGCACAGAGAGCAAGACUGCCAGAAAGAGAAGACAGGAGAGUGAGUUACAGAGGGAGAAAGAAAUGCAGCAAUGCUUAGAGAGGGAGAAAUACAACUCCAUAGACCAGUACCUCCUCAGUGGAGAUGAAAAGGUGGUAAUAUGUUCCUACUUUGCCCACCACCUGAAUGUGUUCAAUGUGGUCUCCCAGGAGCACUUGAACACACUUGAAGAUUGUUGGUCCCUUCUGGGUCUCCGUACUGCAGCGCUCACACACUCAGGAAGGCACUUGGUCAUCUCUAACUACAAUGAAGCCCAGCGAAUUCCUUACCUCACUCUCUGGGACACACAGCAUGGAAAGGUGCAAAAGAGACUGAAAAAUGAACCUGGAAUUUGUUGUGUGGCCAUCACAGACGAUGCCAGCAGAAUUGCCUUUGGCAUUGCCAAGGGUAACAAAGUAAAAGUGUGGGAGCCUUUUAGGAGAAAACACAAGACCAUCUUGGGAUAUGGGAGCCUGAAGCUGAGUGUGUCCAGCAGGCUUUACAUCACCAAGGCAGGAGCCAAAGCCAUUUUGCUAGCAGAUGAGGUGAGUGUGUGGGACCUUGAUGCCGGGACAGUGUUGUCCAUCUUCACUCCAGACUCCAUAAUUCAGUGUGUAUCUGUUGUGGGUGUUGAGAACUGCACUCUGCUCUUGGGUCUGAGUGACAUUUCUACCCUUAUCAGCAUGACCCUUAGCAAACAAGGGGUCACCACAACAGGUAAACUUGCUGGCCAUGACCAACUGUUCGGGGAGUCCAGUAGCAGUGAUGAAGAGGACUGAGAGACAAAGAGCUCAAGUUAAGGAGAUGCUUGCAAGUGUGAAUAAUAUAACACAACACACUAUACCGCUGAUUCAUGAUUGUUGAGGAAGUAACUCUAAGCAAUGGAAGAAAGGCUACUUGUCAGCAACAGGAGUCGUCAUCUUGUGUUGUAUUGGUCACAAGGUCCUGAGGUUAUAAUAAAACUACAGACCUCAGCUACAUAGAGUGACUGUGUAUAGAUUCAGAUUCAGAUUUAUUUUCAAUAAUCUUGAAUUCAGAAUGUCUUUUGAUGUUGGAAAAGGACGCCUUAUUUUACAUAAGACAUAUUUACAAGAUUUUAGUGUUACAACAUUUAGGUAUGUGAUUUUUAGUCAUGAUUACAUUAUGUGACUUCUGACGUGUUUUUGGUACUGCUGGUUAUGACUAUACAUUUUGCAACUAGGUGUUCCUGUUUCUUGUCACAUGAACAUCUUACAAAGUGAGUCGUCAUUAAAACAGCUUCCUCCUGUGUGCUUCAGAAGAUCUACAGCAAUACAAAUACAAC